CACACACACACAGGAAGUAACUCCUCAUUUCAGAGAAGCGAAACUGAUCUCUCUCUCCGUGUGUGAGUUCAGGAAAAUGGCUGAAGCCAGUAUUUCAGUAGAUCAGUUUUCAGUGGAUCAGUUCAGCUGUCCAGUGUGUCUGGAUCUCCUGAAGGAUCCGGUGACUACCCCCUGUGGUCACAGUUUCUGUAAGGUGUGUAUUAAUGGCUGCUGGGAUCAGGAGGAUCAGAAGGGCGUCUACAGCUGUCCUCAGUGCAGAGACACUUUCACUCCAAGGCCUGUUCUACGCAGAAACAACAUGCUGGUUGAAGUGGUGGAGAAACUGAAGAAGACUGAAGUCCAAGCUGCUUCUCCUGCUCACUGUUACACUGGACCUGGAGAUGUGGAGUGUGAUUUCUGCACCGGGAGAAAACACAAAGCUGUCAAGUCCUGUCUGAUGUGUCUGGCCUCCUUUUGUGAAACUCAUCUGAAACCUCACUAUGAAGUUCCUGGAUUGAAAAAACACACAUUAAUUGAAGCUUCAGGAAAUCUACAAGAGAAGAUCUGCUCUGAACAUGAUGAAGUGUUGAAGAUCUACUGUCGUACUGAUCAAAGAUGUAUUUGCUCUUUGUGCAUGUUGGAUAAACAUAAAGGCCAUGACGCUGUAUCAGUUGCAGCAGGAAGAGCUGAGAAACAGAGUGAGUUAAAGGAGGAUCAGAUGAAAUUCCAGCAGAGAAUCCAGGAGAAGCAGAAGAAGGUGCAGGAGUUGAAACAGACUGUGAACACUAUAAAGCUCAGUGCACAGACAGCAGUAGAUGACAGUGAGAGGAUCUUUACUGAGAUGAUCAGCUCCAUGGAGAAAAAGCGCUCGGAGGUGACGGAGCUGAUCAGAGCUCAGGAGAAGGCUGAACUGAGUCGAGCUGAACGACUCCUGGAUCAACUGGAGCAGGAGAUUGCUGAUCUUCAGAGGAGAGUCACUGAGCUGGAGCAGCUUUCACACACACAUGAUCACAUCCAUUUCCUCCAGGCUUUAGCUUCUGGACGUCGAUCUCCUCAAUUAAAAAGACCAGAGUUUGACACAUCCAGCAUCACUGUCCCUCAACAUCUGUCAUUUGAUGGAGUGAGGAAUUCUCUCUCAGAUCUGAAGAAGAGACUGGAGGAAUUCUGUGAGGAGGAAUUCAACAAAAUCCCUCCACAUGCUGCAGCAGUUCAGAUCAUUUCACCACCAGAGCCACAGAGCAGAGAAGAGUUUCUGAAAUAUUUCUGUUAUCUGACUCUGGAUCCCAACACGACACAUCCUCACCUCAUUCUGUCUGAGAAGAACAGAGUGGUGAGAGUCAGUGAGAGAAAGCAGCAGUACUCUGAUCAUCCAGAGAGAUUUGACUCCUACAGACAGGUGUUGUGUAAGGAGAGUGUGUGUGGACGCUGUUACUGGGAGGUGGAGUGGAGCGCUGUUGGUAUUGUUUUCAUAUCAGUCUCAUAUAAAGACAUCAGCAGGAAAGGACGGGGUGAUGAGUGUGGGUUUGGAUUCAACAAUCAGUCCUGGAGUCUGUGGUGUUCUUCUUCUUCUUCUCUCUCUUUCUAUCACAACAACAUUGAGACUGAUCUCAGAGUUCCAUCAUCCUCCAGAAUAGGAGUUUAUGUGGAUCACAGUGCAGGAACUCUGUCCUUCUACAGCGUCUCUGACACCAUGAAGCUCCUCCACAGAGUCCACACCACAUUCACUCAGCCUCUAUACGCUGGAUUCAGGCUCUACUGGUGGUCUGGUUCUCCAUCUGUGAGAUUGUGUGAUCCAGAAUAAUGUGUGUAGAGUUUUGUGUAAAAUUCCUGCACAUUACCACAUUGUUACUCCAUCAUCUGUUUUACUAGCACACAAUCCAGCUGCACAAAAUACAGUCAUUUUUAUUUUGUAAGAAAAAUGUCAUUUUACACUGAUUAAAAAAAGGAAAUGUUAAAACUAGUAAAAUUAACAAAAAAAGAUCAAAUGAUAUCUUGUGACUUUAGCACUGUAAAGUUCUAUCUGUUUGUUUCAUAUGAAGCAUCCUCUCAUUAAAUCCCUAAUAAACAGUAAUAAAGUCAGUACAGUACAACAUUUUAAACCUGUUAGGAUCACACUCUAGAAAAAUAAAAGAUCAACUUUUUAAUUCAGUUGAUUUUUCUGCUUGUGUUCUGGAUGUAAAAUACACAUUCACUUUGUAAAGUCUGAAGUUGUUUCUAAACCCUGAAAUUUCACUGUAAAGCAUUUAACAAUAUUUAAACUACAUUAAAUCAUACAGUAGAUGAUUGGUUAAAGCUUCCUCUGUUGUGUUCAUCCCAUAUUCAGCCUGGAUGAUGAUUGGCUGGCAGACAGAACCUUAUAAAUCCAAGUUUAUCUCUGAUUUUUAGAGAAAAAGAUCAGACCACAGGAGAACGGUGUGAACUGGGUGUCAAUCUCAGUCUCAUAUAAAGAGAUCAGAAGGAAAGGAAGUCGUAAUGAAUGUGGGUUUAAUUUAACAGAAACAUUAAACUUUCUGACCACCAGACGGCGCUCACACACCACUUUUAAAUUACUACAUUCUCAUGAAAUGCACAUGAUCCACCACCACACUUCCGGUUCCAUCGCUCUGAAGUCACUGGAUUCUUUGAAUGGGUUUUGUGAGUUUUAUCUACAUAUUCAUCUACAGAUUCAUUUCCGUCUAAAUAGUAUUUUAAUGAGCAAGAAAUCUUCAUCUUACAUCAGGUAAGGAAUAAAACAGGAAGAGGCAUGAAGGUCCAGGAAAAUAAUGAGGUGGUGUGAUGUGGCCCAACAGUAUGCACUUUUAGUGAUAUCUCUCAGCAGUAAACAAUGCAACAUAAAUGAAAUAAGGUAAUAAAGAUUCAUUUAUUCAGAUUCAUAUUUGCAUUUACUUCUUUACUUUACUACUUUACUUACAUGUACAUCUAGGAAAUCUAGUAAAUCGUUUUGAGUUUUUGGCUCUGAAUCUGCAUCAAUUUUAAAUGUAAGAUCUAACCUACUUAAAUGCACUUCAUGCAAAGAAAAGAAACAGUGGGAAAUGGAAAGCAAAAAUCAGAAAUAACGUAAAACGAAACCCUCCACGACUAGAAAGAAGAGUGUUAUACAUUCAACUAAAACAGAAAUCUAUCUUUGUCUACAUUGAUCAAUUAAAGUUCAUAUCUAGGCUGCACUAAAAUAUAGAUCUCUUUGUUUCUUAUACAU